AUGACCAGACUUGUUGAUGGUAUCCCCAACACAUACAGAUCAUCAAUAGUGAGUGAGUGAAUGAGUGAGUGAAUGAGUGAGUGAGUGAGUGAUAGUGAUUGAGGGAUUGAGUGAGUGAGUGCACAAGCAACAGGGCUGUGGCCAGACAGACCGCACCCAAGUAGAUUAAUGCUAUGGUAUCUGAGGCAUUCUCAUUGGACUAAAAAUAGAAAGUAACGGUACUUUCUGAACCUUCUUUCUCGUCUAGACUUCACUUGAAUAGAAAUAGCAUUAUAAUGAAGAUGAACAGUUAUUCUUACCUCUGAUCUCGCAUGGUCUUCUUCCUUCCUGUUACCGUUUUGGAGCCGGGGCGCGCACUUUUACGCUCGCAACCACUACGCCUACCAGUAACUGCCAAAAUAAUGGAAACACUUGAAUAAAUUAGGCAAUAGAGUUCCAGACACUUGUAGAAUCUAUGCCAAGGUGCAUUGAAGCUGUCUGGCUCGUGGUGGCCCAAUGCCCAAUUAUGACGCUUUAUGUUGAUGUUUCCUUUAUUUUGGCAGUUACCUGUAGCUCAGAGAAGAACUGGGCGGAUUCGAUUAUGCUGAACGCGGGGCACCGGGCUAUGGCCGGUCUAGCGCCCUUCUCAAAUCGAACAGUCAGCAAGGCAGCAUGGUGCAUAGUCCAGAAAGAUACACAUAUCUGUCCCAUAAAAUAUAUAUUUGAAUUUUCAAACUAGUUUUCAUUGGGAAGGCAAAUAAAGGGUUUAUCAAACGCAAUCACCUUUGCAUGUGAAAACACAGAAUCAUACUCAUUACUCCACGUGCUUGAUUACGUCACUUUUGUUUUGAGCCGACUUAAUCGUGGGCUUUGAACGGGGCACCUGGCUCACGCCCGGGUGGCAGCCCGGUUCCUAAACAAAUGCAAUCAACUUUCACUCGGUGCAAAAUACACCUAUUCAGGCGCCCGGACCAGAUUAAUCGAAUCCCCUCACUUUCUCACAAACUCCACGCCAAAUUUGGGCAUUUAUAGUAGGUUACGUCUGGAACUGGAAUUGCGGGUUCAGCAGGACACAACGUUUUGGAACUGUUAGAAAUAAUGUUAGGCUAUCUAUUACAAACAUGCGUUCGGACAUGGAGAAUAACGAAUCAUGUCGGCUCUACUGAUGGCAUUUCCUAUCUGCAACGUUCGACAACGUUUGGCUAAUGAACUUGGCCCAGAUGUGUGUGGAGAGGUGGUGGAAGCUGUCUGAGGGUUUGGGGAGGCAUCGUCUGCUGGAACAGUUCCCAUCAGUUCCAGAGUUUCAGCAAAAGUUUCAACAAUAGUAUCCAGCUGCAGCCUGUCACUAAAAUGAAUCUGUCACUAAAGCCAAAUACUAUCGCCAUCUACUGACCGUGGUUAAUCCCUACCACAUACAUGCGAACUCAUUUUCUUUCCUAGUUCCUUCCUCAUUUCCUCGCUCCCGUUAAAUUUAAUCAUUUCCUAGCUCCCUUUCCUCCUUUAUUUCCGAUCCUUUCCUCUCUACUGGCCGUGAUUAAUCCCUACCACAUACAUGUGAACUCCUCCUUUUCUUUCCUAAAUUAUUUCCUUGCUCCCUUUCCUUUCCUCCUUGCCUAGCUCCAUUUAUUUUCCUCCUUUCCUCGAUCCCUUACCUCAUUUCGCCCCCCCCCCCCCUUUUUAUUAUUAUUAUUGUUUAUUGAGAUAGCCUAUAUUAAAUACAACACCAGCUCGAUUUUGUUUAAUUUGAAGGAUUUAGGAAAAUGUUGUUUUGAAGCUAAUUUCCUGCAAUUCUAUGUAGUUUACAAGUCUCAUGACAUCUUAGGUAGGUUAUUUAAUGAUGAUGAUAAUAAUAAUAAUAAUAAUAAUAAUAAUAAUAAUAAUAAUAAUAAUAAUAAUAAUGAAAAUAAAGAGACCCGAUUUCCCCAAAUGUUAUUCUGCUACAAAAGGAUGUCCUGUCCUGGCGUCGUGAGGGAGCUUGUUCCACCAUUGGGGUGCCAGAGCAGCGAACAGUUUUGACUGGGCUGAGCGGGAACUAUGCUUCCGCAGAGGAAGGGGAGCCAGCAGGCCAGAGGUGGAUGAACGCAAUGCCCUCAUUUGGGUGUAGGGACUGAUCAGAGCCUGAAGGUACGGAGGUGCCGUUCCCCUCACUGCUCCAUAGGCAAGCACCAUGGUCUUGUAACGGAUGCGAGCUUCAACUGGAAGCCAGUGGAGUGUGCGGAGGAGGGGGGUGACGUGAGAGAACUUGGGAAGGUUGAACACCAGACGGGCUGCGGCAUUCUGGAUGAGUUGUAGGGGUUUAAUGGCACGGGCAGGGAGCCCAGCCAACAGCGAGUUGCAGUAAUCCAGACGGGAGAUGACAAGUGCCUGGAUUAGGACCUGUGCCGCUUCCUGUGUAAGGCAGGGUCGUACUCUCCGAAUGUUGUAGAGCAUGAACCUGCAGGACCGGGUCACUGCCUUGAUGUUAGCGGAGAACGACAGGGUGUUGUCCAGGGUCACGCCAAGGCUCUUCGCACUCUGGGAGGAGGACACAACGGAGUUGUCAACCGUGAUGGCGAGAUCAUGGAACGGGCAGUCCUUCCCCAGGAGGAAGAGCAGCUCCGUCUUGCCAGGGUUCAGCUUGAGGUGGUGAUCCGUCAUCCAUACUGAUAUGUCUGCCAGACAUGCAGAGAUGCGAUUCGCCACCUGGUUAUCAGAAGGGGGAAAGGAGAAGAUUAGUUGUGUAUCGUCAGCGUAGCAAUGAUAGGAGAGGCCAUGUGAGAAUAUGACAGAGCCAAGUGACUUGGUGUAUAGGGAGAAAAGGAGAGGGCCUAGAACUGAGCCCUGGGGGACACCAGUGGUGAGAGCACGUGGUGCGGAGACAGCUUCUCGCCACGCCACUUGGUAGGAGCGACCGGUCAGGUAGGACGCAAUCCAGGAGUGAGCCGCGCCGGAGAUGCCCAGCUCGGAGAGGGUGGAGAGGAGGAUCUGAUGGUUCACAGUAUCAAAGGCAGCAGACAGGUCUAGAAGGACAAGAGCAGAGGAGAGAGAGUUAGCUUUAGCAGUGCGGAGAGCCUCCGUGACACAGAGAAGAGCAGUCUCAGUUGAAUGACCAGUCCUGAAACCUGACUGGUUUGGAUCAAGAAGGUCAUUCUGAGAGAGAUAGCAAGAGAGUUGGCUAAAGACGGCACGCUCAAUAGUUUUGGAAAGAAAAGAAAGAAGGGAUACUGGUCUGUAGUUGUUGACAUCAGUGGGAUCGAGUGUUGGUUUUUUGAGAAGGGGUGCAACUCUCGCUCUCUUGAAGACGGAAUGGACAUAGCCAGCGGUCAAGGAUGAGUUGAUCAGCGAGGUGAGGUAGGGGAGAAGGUCACCGGAGAUGGUCUGGAGAAGAGAGGAGGGGAUGGGGUCAAGCGGGCAGGUUGUUGGGCGGCCUGCAGUCACUAGUCGCAAGAUUUUAUCUGGAGAGAGAGGGGAGAAAGAAGUCAAAGCAUAGGGUAGGGCAGUGUGAGCAGGACCAGCAGUGUCAUUAGACUUAACAAACGAGGAUCGGAUGUCGUCAACCUUCUUUUCAAAGUGGAGUGAAUCCUUACCACCACUACACCUGGCUAUCAGCGGAGCCUUGUCUGGGAGCAAAACAGUUAAUUCAGCCUCAUUUACUGCCUUUUUAAAAAUCAUAGCUGAUAUGGCUGACUUCCUUAAACAAAUGUGGUUUCUACUGACAAUUGAGAUGGACAAACUAUGGCAUAAGGGAACGAUGAGCAAGAUAAUAAUAAUAAUAAUAAUAAUAAUAAUAAUAAUAAUAAUAAUAUGCCAUUUAGCAGACGCUUUUAUCCAAAGCGACUUACAGUCAUGCGUGCAUACAUUUUUUUUUUUUUUUUUUUUUUGUGUAUGGGUGGUCCCGGGGAUCGAACCCACUACCUUAGCGUUACAAGCGCCGUGCUCUACCAGCUGAGCUACAGAGGACCACCAAGAUAAGAGGCAAGCCGUAAUUUCGAUUAAGACAUUAAUGAGCGAGCUAAGAUGGACGAAGUCAAUAUAACUAUUUACCCUAGCACUUUUGAAAUGUACAAUGACAAAAUUCAGAACAAAGGCCGUUCUUACAGUAUUCUCCCUGUACACGAAGUCAGAACUGUAGGAUAAAUAAAGGGGUCAUAUAAGCAGACAAUGAAAGCUCUUACAAUAUUCCAUGUUUAAAUUUUUAUCUAAAACAGGCUAUAGGCUACAUUUACAUUUUAGUCAUUUAGCAGAUGCUCUUAUCCAGAGCAACUUACAGUUAGUGAAUGCAUAAAAAAAAAAAAUCAUACUGGCCCCCCGUGGGAAUCGAACACACAAUCCUGGUGUUGCAAACGCCAUGCUCUACCAACUGAGCUACACGUGCACCACCAAGUCAGAACAGUAGGCUAAAUUAUGAGAGGGAAAGGGACCAAAUUAUUAGGGUGAGGCACAUGGGCUACUAACAUACACUUAGUAUUACAUUAUUAGCUACAGUAUACGUAUACAUAUCUCCCUGGCAUAUUAAAUCAUUUAUGCAGCAGCAUACAAUACAUUUUUGGACUCACCAUGUUGUGCUGUGCUCACUUGAACAGGAAGGUGGCGUGGCGGUCCUUCUUGUGGGCACAUUUUGUCAUCAAACUUUGUCAUCAAAGUCUGUCUUUCUCUGGAUUUAUGGUGCUGUCAAGACAACUGGGAACUCUGAAAAAAAACAAGGUUGAAUCAUGAUGACGUCAGUGAUCUUCAGGUCGGAUUUCUAGAAAGAGGCCCGAAUUCCCAACUUGAAAUUCCGAGUUGGAUGACCUUUCAAAACUUAUUUUCCCAGUCAGAGCUAGUUUUUUUUUUCAGAGUUCCCAGUUGUCUUGAACUCACUGAAGUCUGAGAUUUCCCAGUUCCGAGUUUCCAGUUGUUUUGAACGCAGCAGAAGUCGUGCUGGAUUGACAGCAUGGCCAAUGUAUUCAACCUUUUCUGGCCCAUGGUGUUGCAUGUGAAUGUUUAUCCUUUUAAGCUUGGAAAAGAGACCCUUAAACACAGACUUGGACCACACACCCUCUCCACUGAAUAGCAGCCUAGUAAUUGCUUUGCAAAGCUUGCAGUUAGCCACUGAUUCCUUCCAAACCAGUCAUUGCUGAAUUUGCGAUUUCCAACUUGUUGUGUAAUGUUUAUGUCCAAUGGCAGAUGAGCACCGAUAUGUUUUAUCUAUCAUUUCUCUUCAUAUGACAAGGAUUUGUCAGUAGAUUGUCGACCUGAUUCCUGAUGAUGACUGCUUGUCUAGCUUGCUUGCUAAGAUUUUGAAAGUAUGAUGUUGACAUGAUCAGUCCAAUCAAAGCUACUGUAGAUAUAAUGUGAUUUGACCUCAUUUUAUCUGUGGCCAAUGACCUUGAGCCUUGUUGGAUGGGCACUUCUAAAGUAAAUCUAUGGCAGCACCCAAAAUCUAUGGCAACACUUGAAUGUUUUAUCUCUCCCUGUAUAUAUUGCGGUGACGUAGUGUCCCCAUGAGUGACAGAACACUGAGCCAAUCACGGCGCAAGUAGAGAAUAUUACCAACCCCUACACUCUGUAUUUUCCGCUGGCUGCCACACCACCACAAAAGCACUGAGCUAGGCUGAAACACCUGCAUUUUGGAGCUGCCUUACUCAAGAAAGCAAAAACGAGACCAUGUUUGUAUGCGGCUUUAUUAACUCAAUGAUAUUUUUUUUUUUUUUUUACAUUGUUUGCAAACUGAUAUGUGACACGUAUUAAUGCCAAAAUAACAUGCAAAACAGGCACACAAAAAAUGAAGGGUCGCCACUGAUCUAAUUAUACAUAUUCUCUUCAUGCAGAUGCUGGAAUGCCCAAAUUGGAGGCGGCAAUCAUACACUAUUGGUAAUUCUGGGGAUUUUUGUAUGGACUGUUGCAGUACUGGAAUCCAACCAGUUGGGGGUGUCUCUUUAGUUUGUCUUGCUCUUGGGACAUGGUAUGAUUUCCAUACACAACCACCACUUUAUGGGAGAGGAGGAAUAGCUACUGGAUUUAGGUAGGUGGAUAACAACAUAAUAUGGAUCAUCGGCUUGAAGGCUACAGCUAAAUACAUUAACAUAUUAAUGCAAUCAGAAAUGUGGAUUAAUCGAGGAAUGCGAGGAAGUGUGGGACAAUGGAAUCUCACCCCAUGGAAUGCAGCAGUUUGAUCAUAUGAAGCGAGUUGUUUGGAAAGGAGAGACGUCGCCUGCAUCUAGCUAUAACGCUAAGCCGAAUCGAAUGGACUGUCUUUCGAGAAAGAAAGAAAUGCAAGUUGAAUGUACACAUUGUACAAGAAAGAGGAUACUGGAUUUAUCUUUACAUUCCAGAGAACUGGCCUCAAUGUCUACAUUUCAGAUGCUAGCUAGCUAAUGCAUUUGAGUGGCAGACUAGUUUAGCUUUAGCUAGUCCUCCAUUGCUCUCGGCUGACCGCUAUCGCGUCAGCGUCAUAGCCGACGAGAACGCUCUUGUGUCCAAUCACAGUUUUCACGUGAUGUCGCGGAUGGCUUUUGGCCUCUAUCGGAAUUAGCUUGUUAAUAGCUAGCCAGCCAUUAUUUGCUUAUCACAACCAAAUAUUCUCUACAACAGUGAGUGUUGCAUAAAGAGACCCCAUUUGUUGUCAAAAGCAAGUGUUUAAUUUGCAUGAAAACAAUAUUUAUUUAGCUAUAGAUUUUGCAAUAAUAGUCAGCCAACUUGAUGUAAAGGGCAACCUAGCUACCCAGCUAACAAAGCUCGGUUCUUAACGUUAUAUAAUGCUAGAUAUCAAUAACAUCAGCUAACUAGUCGCUUGUCGUGUAUAUAAUUGGUCUUUCAUUUUUGGGAAAGUUUAUCGGGAGGAUUUACUUUCAACGUUCACUGGCCAGUCAACGUUAGCUAGCUUGUUAGGGAACUAGCCCGCCUUACAUCGUAACUCGCAUUGCUAGAAAUCGUAGCAUUAAACAGGCUCCAGUUUAUAGCUACGAGUUAGUGGUGGAGUAUUGCAGUGGAACGUCCAGUCAGGUCAGAAGACAUCCUGUUUACAGCGGAUAGCCUCCUCUCAAUCAAGCUAGGGACACUUAGGUAAUCAUGCUGCACCAAUGCAUGCCAUUCGAAGGUACUUUUUGUGCAUUUUAAAUGUUGCACUAACUCGCUUCUUAGAACAGUUCACAGCACCACAUUGGCCAAGUUUUAACACAGACAAAGGGAAGUCUAGUCGAAUAUCAUCACGUGCACGGAGAUCACGUACUGUUGCUCUUCCAAGAGCCACACCAGUAAACUAGCCUCAAGGAUUCUGUAACUAAAUUUAGCUCGCAAGGGAUGGAAACCAAUUUACUGAGGAUAAUGCGAGUACAAUUGUCUAGCUGACGUUACUUGGCUUGGCAGUAUCAACAUAAUAAACCAGAGGAAAUCUUUAUAUAGACACAUAUUACUUAAUUUGAAUGAGUUUAAGCUAAUGUUGGGAUACUAGUCGAAAUGCAUAUGCAUUGUAAUUAAUUAGAAUGUUUACUAGCUGAUAUAUCUCAGAAAACAAAUAAAAUAGCACAGGACAGGAGCUGUUGACAAACAGACAUUACUCUGUCACUAAAACAUAUUUGAUGACAACGUUAUUGUGCAAGCUAUCACUUCCUGGUAGGACUGGAAACCCAACAACAACAAGCCUUUAAAAAUAUAUACUAUUUAUUUGCUUGUUGUUGGUAUUGCUAUGUAAUUACACUUUGUCUAAAGACUGAAGGAAAAUAACACAGUAGAUAUUGCAGUCAGUGGUGCCUGAAUUUCAUGCAUUUUGCUUUGAGGGAGCACACAAUUUAAAGUCCCCCACCAGCUAUUUUUGAACUUUUCCUGUCAAGCUAGAUAGUUCUAACACUGUUUCAAUUUGCCGGGGGUGUAGUUUCAACUGUCUACUGUAAGAUACUUGAAGAUUGCCUAUGAAAACAUGAGGAAGAUGCUCCGAGCACUCUCUGAAAGGAAUAAGCUCCCCACUAGCUGACGUGAGGAGUUGUAACGUUUGGACAUAACUGGCAGACAGCAGCAUCACUGUGGAACUCUGUACAAUAAACUUGAAGAGAAAAGGAGAUGGUCACCCUGCUGUGACAUCAUUGGACUGCAGGAGAGGACACGGACACGCUUGAGCCGUCUGCAGCCAUGAGUCUCCGCCCCCCCACCUCAACACUGGACAGGUAGGACUGACUGCUGCUGAUGAUGGUGCUACUGACAGAUGGGUCAAUCUCAGUUGUAUUUCCUUGAUUUCUCUGGUCCUCUCUCCUUGUCUCCUUCUCAAAACGCAAUUGGAGGAGAAGAUCAGAGGGGAGGGAGCUCCAAUGCGCUUUGAGAAGGAGAUGAGUGGGGAGGAUUAAAGUAAUCAAGGAAAUAUAAUGUAUUCACCUGAUGUCUUCUUGAUAGACAGGCAGCCAGUUAUUAUUAUGUUCAAAGAUCUACAUUAAUACAUGUUGGAUAUUGUGCUAAGUUGUGAUCCCCUCAGCUUAGCUUUAUGUACAGGGCUAUUCUCAACUAUGAGGCAGCUGUAUCACCUUUGAUUCACUGGUUACUUUUGAUGUGGCAUCCUUUAUGGCUCACUGUCUAUUGUAUUUGCAUACUGUAUGUGUCUGCAUGCAUAUCUGUCUGUCUUGUUCAUGUGUACCUCUCUUUUCGCUUUUCCCUCUUUGCCCUUUCACUUUUGCUGUCUCUGUGUCCACUUCCUGUGUCAUUUGACAGUGGGGCAGCCAUUCAGAAACAUUCUCAACUGCCCAGGUAGGCUGGCUGUCCAAUAAGAGUCCCUGUUGGUGCUUACUGUAGAUCUGCAGUUGGAACGCUGCUAAUCUCGUCAACCUGCCGGCGCUCUCUCUGUCUGUCUGGUUUCACAGCGCCUCAGAAUGGAACUUGAAUGAAAGCCUAUGGCUGAUCUCUCAGUCCAUCAACAUCUAGCAUAACCAUUAGAUCAGGGUUCCCCAACUAGCAGCCCAUGGGCCGAAUUUGACCACCUUGUGAUUUUAUUUGUCCCCCCCCCCACCCCCCCAAGUUUUCAGAGCAAAAAAAAAAAACAUGUUAUGUUUUUUUUGUUGGAUAUACUAGACUGUAAAAAAAACAAAAACAAAACAGCAAAUCAGCUCCAAAUGAUUUUAAUUUUGGAAAUCUGUUCCAAAGUAUUCCCACGCAUAAUAGAUAAAUAUAUUUGAUCGUAUACAAAUGUAAGCAAGGUUUGAAAUGAUUGUUUUAGUGAUAUCUGUUUGGGCUUCUUUCGGUCAAUUUGCAGUCUACAAAUUAUUUCUAAUUAUGUUCUGCCCCCUGACCAUCCGCUCAAGAAAAAAAUGGACCCUUCGCUGAAUCUAGUUGAUGAUCCCUGCCUUAGAUGAACCUUCCUCUACGCUGUGGACUUCAGAGCAUGAGCAGCGGAAGUGAUUUAAACAAGGAAAAUCUGAAAGUACGCAUCUUAGAAAUGAACUCAGAAUCAAAUGAUUUUCCCAAAAAUAAUAUGUUCAAUGUGAUAAAACAUUUAUUUUGAUUGGUCAUUAUUGCAAUUUUUCUAAGUCCCAUCUAAUACAACUGUAGCAAGCUCGCUUCCUUUUCGAUUUUAACCACACCACUUUCAAGUUCCACUUUGAAGCACAGUGUUACCAGCCUAGGGAGGAGGUUAGAUCGCUGCUACAGCAGGUCUCCUUUCUUAGUGUCAUCACUUUACGUACUCUUUAACUCUCCUUGUUUGUCUGUCAGGGCUUGACCACUUUUACUCUCCUACUUUUAUUCUAAACCACUUUUCUUUCCUUUUCUCUCUUGGGCCCUUUCUGCCUUCUCUGUUAUUCCCUCUUGUUCUCUGAUGCCUCGCUUUCAGCCCCUUUGCUGCUUGGUGAGUUUUCUGCUCAGUUUAUACUUGAGCUGUAAGAAAUGCUGAAAGGCAAACUAAGCACAGAUUACAGUUUGCCACUUUACCUCAGCAGUCUCCCCUCACAGAAUCUCUCCUCCAAGCUCUGGCACGCUCUCCAUCUAUCUACCCCCUGGUCUCCUCUUCUUCUUCCAUCCUCUUCUACCUACAUCUCUGGCUCUUUCACAAUACAUUUUUCCUCAAUACCUCACAUCCUCUCUCCUCGCCUCCUUUUCAAAAUGCAUUGGAGAAGAAUGUCUGAGCGAAGAGGGAUUUUGGACCUUCUCCAAUAUGCUUGAGAAGGUGUCAAGGAGAUAGGAUCCAGGGAAAGGCGACUUGAGAUGCAGCCUCUGUGUCCCAUGCCACUCCUCUUUACUCUCUCCUCCUUCCUCUCUCACCUCCUGCCAGAAAUCCUCCCUCCCUCCCUCUCCUUCUCCCCAGCCCUCCCAGUGUGAUCCUGAUUGAUUAAUCCUUCCACCUUGUAGCAUCCUAUUUGUGUCUCACGUUCCUCUUGUCCUGCCUUUCCCUCCAGGCUCAGCAGCCUGACUAUAGGAGAUUCGGAGCGCAAGACCUCCAGCGGCCAGCAGAGGGAGACUCUGGCUGACUUCCCCGCUGAGAGCACAGGUACAUUUACAAUUUUGUCAUUUAGCAGACACUCUUAUCCAGAGCGACUUACAGUAGUGAGCUCAUACAUUUUCAUACUUUUUUCGUACUGGUCCCCGUGGGAGUCAAACCAACAACCCUGGUGUUGCAAGCGCCAUGCUCUACCAACUGAGCUACACGGGACAUGGGGUUUAUAGCACAGAUGUGGGUUAUAAGGUGGGCUGGUGGGGCUAGGCGUUGGUUCAUCAUGGUAUAGCCAGUUGACUCUUUCUCUUCAUCUCUUGGUCUCUUUCUCUCUCCUUCACUCCAUAUCUUCCCUUCCUUCUCUCUCUCCUUCACUCCAUACCCCCCUCCCCCCUUCUUUCUCUCCUUCGCUCCAUCUCUCUCCCUCCUCUCUCUCCACAUCUCAGGUCCAGGUCUUGUUCAGAGAUGUGUGGUGGUACAGAAGGAUCAGCUAGGGUUUGGUUUCACUGUGUGUGGCGAGAGGAUCAAGCUGGUGCAGAAUGUUCGACCAGGUCAGACACACACACAGUGACUUAGUACAUUUCUACACGUCUUCUCUAAUUCUUCUUGGACAGUCUCUCAUAUGUCGCUCAUAUCUCUCCAUGCAGGUGGCGCAGCGGUCAAGGCAGGGGUCCACGAGGGAGACAGAAUCAUAAAGGUUACUACUCAUUUCAAACUAUUACCGCAAACCCAAUAUCUGUGCCUUCGUGAUCUGAGACUACACUCAGCAGAGUUAGUGUGUCUCUCUCUUUCUAAUUCUCUCUCUCUCUCCAUCCCUCCAUCUCUCUCUCAGGUCAAUGGCUCGCUGGUGUCGGCCAUGUCUCAUCAGGAGGUGGUGAAGCUCAUCAAGUGUGAGUGUCACUGGUUACUAUAACGUUGGUGGUGAUGAUGAUGAUGAUGAUGGUGCUAGUUAUGAUUCCUAUAUUUGUGAAAUAUGUUCAGGUGUAGCAAUAUGUCUGUCACUUUCUGUCCUCUCUCUGUUGCUCUUUCGCUCUCUCUCUAUCUUUCUCACUUUCUCUCCAUCCUUCCAGCUGGGACAUAUGUUGCUCUGACUCUUCAAGGACCGCCCCCUUCAGCAGCUGCCCUCCCCCUACACCCCCUCCCCACUGACCUCUUACCCAAUCAGAGGACGUCACUGGGAGGAGAAGCCCCGCCUCCACCACCUCCACCCCUGCCCCCUGGACUGACCAGCACCCCCUCCCAAAGAAUCACCAAACCACUGCAGGUGAGUUCCCUUAAUCACCAUACCUUAACCAUCACCAUAAUACUUACAAACACUGACUGGUAGGCUAAACCUGACCAUUUCUGUGACCAUAUGUUCAAGCAAUGUUGUGUAACAUGGGCCAACAACAAUAAGUUGAAUAAUACAGCAUUUUCUCUCUCCUUCUCUGUCAUUGCGUGUGUUAGAACCUAGAUGUGCAGAAACAUGCCACUCAGAUUCUCAGGAACAUGCUGGAACAGGGAGAGGCUGAGCUUCAGGUAACAGUUAUAUACAGGGUUGCAAAAUUCCGGUAACAUUCCCAAAAUUCCCAGGUUUUCCAGAAAUCUUGGUUGGAAGAUUCCCAGAAUCAGUUGGUAAUAAGCAGGAUCCGUAAUCCUUUGGGAAAUGUUGCAACUCCAAACAGUCAAACCCACUUAGAAUGGAUACUUUUUAGUCAUCUGUAAUAUAGAAAUGUAAUAUAUAGAACAGAUAUGUCUAUCUCAAAAUAUUGUGCCCCACUGAAUAUGCAAUGGAAAGGACACACUGCUUAUGAAAGUAGCUCUUUAUUCAGACCAAUAGUCAUUUGGGGGGUUCUCUUCACUGAACAAUCAGCGCCUCUGAUAAUGUCACUCUGACCAAUCCCGCAGGACUUGAUGGAGGAACUGUCACGGAACCCCUCCCCAUCCCUGGAGGAGCGAAUUGAAAGUGCCAAGAGGCGGGCCCAACAAGUCCGGGUUAAAAUCCAACAAGAUCUGGUGAGAUACCUGUGUGCAUGACAACAGACCCUUAACACCUGUCAUCUAAAUCUGUCAGUACCUAAUAGGUACUAUCUAUUACAUUGUCAUUACCGUAGUUUAACAUCUUUGUUAUUUCUCUGUCUCUCAAGGAUGGAACUCGAUCGGAAGCUGUGACCAACUAUGUAGUAGCAGGAGAAGGUUUGUAUGGGAUUCUGUUUGUCUAUGAUUCUUGUAUGUGUGUUUUUGUGUGAGGAAAAUCGAUAUAAUGUCUUGAUGUUUCUGCAGGUCGGUUGUCGGUGGAUUCAAGUGAAGGAGACUUUGAGGUAAGUAAUGUUAGCACUCAUCCUUUAUGAAUGACUGAUUAGAGUGAGAGUGAGAGAAUCCCAGAGAGAAAGUGAAUGAGAGAGAGAUAUGGUCCUUUUCACCCCUCCACCCCCCAGGCCUUUGAGAGCCCCCACUCCUCCCCCUCCACCUCCUCCUUCAGGACCCCCCUACACCGGAGACAGGGUUCCGACACACACACCUUCACUGACUCGGUGAGACCCACACACACGCACACACCGAUUCUGUGAGAUCAAACACACUUGCCUGUAGUCCACCCUUAGUGAGGUGAACAAUGUCUCCUACACACGAACACAUGCCAAAGGUUCUAUUUUCCUCAUAUCAUCAUGAUGUGUCUCUUGUCAGGCUGGGAAGGCUCAGAUCAUUGGCCCAGAGGAAGAGGAGGAAGAGGACAACAGCUAUACGCUCAACGAGGUGACAUGGUCUUCAUCAGCAAACAUCACAUCUAACUACCCUGCAUCUCACGUAGGUAUGAGCUGUUGAACUAUAUUCAUCUCCUUGCCUCUCUCUCCCUUUCCUCCCCUCUCCAUCAGAUGGACGGCCCAUUUCAGGACAUAGAGCUUCUCAAGUCGCGACCAGCCCACAUGACCGUGUUCAUGAGAUACGUCUUCAGUCAGCUACUGGAUCCCAACCCGCUGGUCAGUGCUUUUGAUCUUGAAUACUGCUAUUUACUGUAGGUUGAUCUCUUUUACAUGGGAACUAAUCUGGGGUGUGUGUGUGUCUCUACAACAGCUGUUCUACCUGUCAGUGGAGGCCUACCUGGGCUCCAGCCCUAAAGACGCCCGUGCCCUCGCCCCACAGAUCUGCUCCCACUUCCUGGACCCUGAUGCUGUACGUCUCUCAUUGGUUCAUUCAAUUAAUCAAUUCAAUUAAUACAUCUCAUUCAGUUAGACCAGGGCCUGUAAGUAUCAAGCAUCUCAAAGUAGGAGUUCUAAUUUAGGAUCAGUUUGGACUUUUGGAUCAUAAUGAAUAAAAUGCCAUGGAUCGGGGGGGAACCUGAUCCUUGUUCCACCCUGCUUCUCUGAGAUGUUUAAUACGUAAGGCCCCAGCCCAUCGAUUUAUCUUGAGAGAUUGUAAAGAAAGCUUGAACUCAGCUAUGUAAUGGGGUCCUUAAACGUUUUAUUUUGCAGCCGUUGAAAAUCAGAGUAAGAGAAGAAUACCUGACGGAUAUAGGUAAGUUACUCUCAACAUGCAGUGUAACAAUUGUUGAUCUAUUUGGGCAAUUUGUGUUUGUUGCGUUUUUCCUAUGAAUGCCCUGUGCUGUGUUGUUCAGUUAGUCUUACUGCAUGGUGUUGUGUCCUGUCCCAGAGAGUCGUCUUCAUGCCCAGGAGGACAUCAGGGGACCUCUGUCUGAGCUCCAACAGCAGGUGCUGCCCGACAUUCAGGACCAAAUACAGGAUUACAGGUACCGUCUAUCGGACAAGCCUAGUUGAAUAGUGUCAGUGUCUGUGUUGUUUGAAAGGGUGUGUGUAUGAAACCAUAGGUGUCCCUUGAGGUUUGUGGUAAAUGCAGAAAAUGGCUGUGUGAGCGUGCGCUCGUGUGUGUGUUAAUUGUGUUUGUGUUGUGUUUGUGUGCAGGAAUAAGCAGAUGAUGGGUCUGGGCUCUCUGUUUGGAGAGGGAGACCUGCAGCAGCUGGAUGGAGACCCAGCCAAGGAGAGGCUAGUGGUGGACAGACAGGUCACUGCUCUCUGGGAGAUACUGUGAGUUGGAACGUCUACCUAUAUGAUACAUAAAGUAUAUUUUAUACCAGGGACUGUGAGGUGGAGUGUGAAAUACCGUAUUUGUGUUAUAUACAUACAGUGGGGUCUGACAUUAUUGACACCCUUGAUAAAGAUGAGCAAAAAUGACUGUAUAAAAUAAAUCAAAUACUGAGCUAUAUUGUAUGCUUAAAAUGGGGUUCUUUUCUGCUCAUCCAUUCUCAUUUCGACGCCAAACCCACCACUGAUGUGUGUGGCCAAAGCGCUCUAUUUUCAUGUCAUCCAACAAAUGUAAAUGCACCGGCACUUCGAUUGGAACCGGUGCUUUGGUCAGAUGACAUGAAAAUAUAGCUAUUUGGCCACGUACACCAGCGGUGGGUUUGGCGUCGAAAUGAGAAUGCAUAAGCAGAAAAGAACCUCAUGCCCGCUGUAAAACAUGGUGGUGGAUCUUUGAUGUUAUGGGGCUAUUUUGCUUCCACUGGUCCUGGGGUCCUUGUUAAGGUCAACGGCAUCAUCACCCAGGACAUUUUAGCCAAAAACUUGGUUGCCUCUGCCAGAAGGCUGAAACUUGGCCGCAAGUAGAUUUUCCAGCAAGACAAUAACCCCAAGCACACUUCAAAAUCCACAAAGAAAUGGUUAAUUGGCCACAAAAUCAACAUUUUGCAAUAGCCAUCUCAGUCUCCGGACUUGAAACCCAUUGAAAACCUGUGGUUUGAAAUGAAGAGGGCAGUCCAUAAGCACAGUCGAAGGUUAUCAAAGAUCUGGAAGGAUUCUGUAUGGAGGAAUGGUCUAAGAUCCCUCCUAAUGUGUUCUCCAAUCAAUAAUUUAAAAAAAAGGCUCAGUGCCGUUAUCCUCGCAAGUUAUUGAAAACAGGGUUGACAAUAAUUUUGACCCAUACCUUUUUGAAAAGCUGUUUCUCAGCAAUUGUAUUAGUAUAAAAUAAGAUCAUUUCCCAAUUUUUUUAGCAUACAAUAAAGCUCAGUAUAUGAAUUAUUUAUUUUAUACCUUUGUUUUUCGGACCCCACUGUAUAUGAAGUAUAUGUCAGGGCCACAAGCUUUUCAGGGCCACUUUUAAAUAGUAAUACUAUGACUACUUUAAACAAUACAAAUGCUGAUACUGUGUUGUGCUUUCCUUUUUGAUGAUUCAAUGUCAGCAAAGCACAACAGUAACUACAGUAGGACACACUAUUCGUAACCAUCAGGGCACUGAACCGGGUGGUUGCUUAGCAACGGGUCAGAUGUUGUAGCUGCCUGGUGGCCAAUAAAACGGUAUUGGAGCGUGUGACCGUGAGCCUGCCAGCUCAACCUCUCACUGUACUGUACCAAAGGUCAGAGUGUGAUCACUGGGAGCUUCAGCAGGCUAGCCUCGGGCCAUGGCCACCUAGCCACAUGAUGCUUUAAAACACACCCAUUCCCAUCACAUGACUCACUGCUAGCAGGUAGACACACAAUGGACCGCCUUGAUUUUUCUCAGCAAGGAUUUUUUUUCUCACCUUGUUUUACUGGGCCGAGACUCUUUGGAAAGAAUCCGCAGACCUAAUUAAAUUAAAGGUUGUUUUUGAUUUUGUGUGGAAGGCCAAAAGAGCGAGCGAUAGAAUAAGCUAAUGAUUGUUUUUCUGUGUGUUGCAGCUCGAAGCACGAAGAGGACAGAAGGUAAUAAAAGCCGGAGCGUGUCUCAUGUCUGUGUUGCAGGAACAUGAUUGAAUCCCAAUACUACUGUCUGUUCACAUAGAGAUGCCCCUCUCAAUUCUGUCCUUCUGUUCUCCCUCUUUCGCUCUCCCUUCUUCGCUUUCCCUCCCUCUCUUUUUCACUCUUUCUCUCACUCUCUUUUGCUCUCUCCCUCUCUCUACACCCUUCCCCUUUCUUUAUGUCUAUCUUUAUUCUACCCCCCCCCCCCCCCUUCUACCUUUUUCUCUCUUUCCUUCUCUCUCCCUCCCCUCUUCAGUUCUCCUCUAGCCUCUGCAGUACUGCUGUACCUCCGUCAUUCAGGCAUAAAGCUGAGGGACUCCAGGGUGUUCCCAGGCCUCAGCACUGAGAAGGAGAAGUGGCUUGCCUUCUUUCCCAAGACCAAGAAGGUAAGGAGGGGAGGAGGCAGGACUCUUGUCUACCACCGUCGCAUGGAUUUGUAAUUCUCUUAUCAGUCAUAUUUAUUUAUUGAAACGUCUAAAAGCUAUUCAGGCUGUUUUGAAUAGGCGGAGCAUGUAGUCCAUAAGCUACAAACCUUCAGGUAAUGAUCCACCAAGAGGUGUCACAUGUGUGACCUAAUUCCUCUGUCUUACCAUUCAUCAUUAUAGGGUAUGAAACAUUGUGUUGUGGGAGUUUUGCUUUGACACAAGUUUCGGCAAUUUUCCAGUGGUGUUCUUUGUUUAUGUUUACUACAGCUGAGCAGUUCAAAGAAAGACAAGGAUGGAGAGGACAGGAAGAGAAACCCCAUCCUGAAGUAUAUCGGCAAGCCCAGGAGCACCUCUCAGUCCAGUAAAUAUACAAACACACACACACAAAAGCACACACUUUCUGUUCUCAUCUUACAGUAUCAUUUAAUUCCAGUGACCUCAUCCUUUGUUUUCACCCUUAUUGAUUUGUUUAAGAGGAUUUAAGAUGAUUGAUCUAAGACUUUUCCAUCGUUCUGAUUUCAUUGCUUCUUUUGGUUCACUUUGAUUCCCCAGCGUUCCAUGUUCCCUUGUCUCCCACUGAAGGUAUAUCAUUUAUCUAUUUUUAUUUAUUCUUUUUAAUCUUUCCUUUAUCGCAUUUUUUCUUCAGUGUUUUUUAUUUUUUUUAAGCUCAUUUUAAAACAUAAUAUAAAGUGCCUUCAGAAAGUAUACACCCAUUGACUUUUUCCACAUUUUGUUGUGUUACAAAAUGGGAUUCAAAUGGAUUGAAUUGUCAUUUUUUGUCAACGAGCUACAAAAGAUACUCAUGUCAAAGUGGAAGAAAAAAAGACUAAUAAAACACCUAUCUUGAUUACAUGAGUCAAUUCAUGUUUGAAUCACCUUUGGCAGCUGUAGGUAUUUCUGGGUAAGUCUCUUAAGAGCUUUCCACACCUGGAUUGUGCAACAUUUGCCCAUUAUUCAUUUCUGAAUUCUUUAAGCUCUGUCAAAUUGGUUGUUUAUCAUUUGCUAGACAACCAUUUUCAGGUCUUGACAUGGAUUUUCAAGCAGAUUUAAUAAUAUACUUACUUAAUACUUUCUGAAGGCACUGCAUAUUAAUAAAUGCCAUUUAGCAGACGCUUUUAUCCGAAGCGACUUAGUCGUGCGUUCAUACAUGUUUUACUGUUAUAGCUUGCUCUUUGUGGUCUAAGCUGGGUAUCUGGAAAGCAUUUUUUGCUGAUUUACACUGAGUGUACAAAACAUUAAGAACACCUGCUCGUUCCAUGACAUGGACUGACCAGGUGAAAGCUAUGAUCCCUUAUUGAUAUCACUUGUUAAAUCCACUUCAAUCAUUGUAGAUGAAGGGGAGGAGACAGGUUAAUGAAGGAUUUUUAAGCCAUGAGACAAUUGAGACAUGGAUUGUGUAUGUGUCCCAUUCAGAGGGUGAAUGGGCAAGACAAAAUAUUUAAGUGCCUUUGAAUGGGGUAUGGUAGUAGGUGCCAGGCGCACCAGUUUGUGUCAAGAACUAUAACGCUGCUGGGUUUCCCGUGUGUAUCAAGAAAGGUCCACCACCCAAAGGACAUCCAGCCAUCUUCACACAACUGUGGGAAGCAUUGGAGUCAACAUGGGCCAGCAUCCCUUUGGAACGCUUUUGACACCUUGUAUAGUCCAUGCCCUGACCAAUUAAGGCUGUUCUGAAGUCAAAUAUUAGGAAGGUGUUCUUAAUGUUUUGUACACUCAGUGUAUAUCAUUUAUAAAAUACGAUUGAUUGAUGUUCUGUUUACCUGUUAUCUGUGUGUCUCCUGUCUCAUUUUCUCUCCUCAGUGCGUCCGGGCAGUGUGAGGAACAUAAUCCAGCAGUUUGAGAACCACAUAGAGAUCCCCUGGGGAGGAGGGGGCCGAGGGAGACCCUCCGAGAUUGUCCUCCAGCAGCCUGGGAGAGGACAGCAUGGACAGGUAACAGGGAGGGAGGGAGGGAGGGAGAGAGUGUGUGUCUCGACCCUUGUGCAAAAUUGUUAGUGUGUUCAAAACCGUGCAUGUGUUUGAUUCGUGUCUCUCUCUCCCUCCCUCUCUCAGCCCUACGGUGUCGGUGCGUCUGGCUCGUAGUGAGUCUCUAAAGGCGCAGGGGGAGGGGCGUCGGCGCGGCGGGUCCUCGGGGGCGGAGACAGUCCCUCGUUCCCGUAGCGACGUGGACAUGGAGGACUGUGGAGAGGAGAGGGAGGGGCCGGGCCUGAGACCCCUACACCACAGCGCCUCCUCAGCCUCCAGCAGCUCAGCACGGUGAGACUACAACACAUACCCAAUCCAAGAUCUGGAGCAUACACACUGCUCAAACACACACACACACACCCCCUUGGAACUCACACACACACACACCCCUUGGAACUCUCACACUGUAUGAAUCACUCCUAGAGACUGGUUAAGCAGCAGCAUUGAAUAUAAAGAACUGUCAGAAUGUAAGCAAAUCUGUGUGUUGUUCUCCUCAGAUCCUGCGAGAACCCCACCCCUCCGUACACCCCUCAGUCCUCCAGACGAAAGUAAGUCAACCUUACUAUAAUGUGUUAAGCUUUGUUGAGGGACUUGCAAGUAUAUUUAAUAAUUUGUGUGUGUAGGAGUGUGGAGUUCCCAGUGGCCCUGCUCCCUGACGCCCCAGCCCUAGAGGAGGACGUGGUGGACAGUCACAACUGGCAGGAGACGGUGGCCCCGCAGGUCUUGGCCACUCUCUGUCCCCGAGAGGUGGACCGACAGGCUGUCAUCUACGGUAAAAAAACCACUGAUUGACCAGGCUUUGGCUAGAAACAGUGUGCCAGGCUGAGAGUAACACGUGACAUUGCUAUACAUCUAUAAUUGGGCCCGUAUCCUCUAAAGGUCACUAUCUAUCAGAUUAGUUGACUAAAGAUAACACAUGAAAUCAUGAUGUGUACAUACAACACGUAGCCCAUUCCCAAGGGAUUCUAUCAGACAACCGCCUCUAUGGGACUGUUAUUUCAGAAGUAAAUUAGAGGAGAGGGUUAUAUUUACACCCCUUUUAUUCUCUCAUCUUUCUCUCUCUCUCUCGCCCCGCCCCCCUCUCCUUUAUCAGAAUUGCUGACAACGGAGGCGUCUCACCUGCGUACACUCAGGGUGUUGGAUCAGGUGUUCUUCCAGAAGAUGAGGUGUGUACUGAGCUCUGACGAGCUGGCCUGCAUCUUCCCCAACCUGCCUCAGGUCUACGAGCUUCAUGGUCAGUCACUGUGUGUGUCUAUGCGUGUUUCUCAGUUCUGUCAAUAUGUAUUCAAGCAAUGUGGAUUUGAAGUUCUGAUAAGGUCGUGUCACAUAAAAGGGGUUUUCUGUUUGAGUGGCUUUGCUGUGUAAAUAUCAUAUGUUUUAAUGAAUUUAGUUGGUGAAUGGUAGAGAAGCAAUGUUUAUAGCAUUGCCUUUGAGUGGCAGUCUGUCUCAUUGACGGUUAUGUUCUACGUUGAUUCAAUGUAGUUAUUGUUUUUGAUCAACCUUGCUCCAACGGUAUCGUGUCACAGCGAGUCUGUGUGAAGCCAUGAAGAAGAGAAGAGAAUCUCCCAUCGUUCAGGGCAUCGGUGACAUCAUGCUGGCCAGGGUAAGUUUAACAAACCAUGUCAUUCCUUCAUAUCUCUCUCCCUCCAUCUUCGUCAGUGAGAUGGAGUGUUACAUUGUUAACUGUGUCAGUUUGAAGUAGGGAUGGGCACGGUUAAUCGAAUAUCCGGACAGAGAGUGAGAGUAUUAUUGUGAGAGUGAGAGAGUAUUAUUAUUUAUUUGGCCUAUUUUAACAAUGGAAAAAGCUUUUCUAAAUUAAAUUGUCCAUGUUACAUUGUUACACACACGGAUAUACCAUGACAUUUGAAAUGCUUCAUUUAAUAAAACAACAAACUUUAGAAUGUAGUGUUUAAUGUACGGCGCAUUGAACUGCUGUUGCUUCAGAUGUCACGUGGCUUUGACAGUACGUUGUUAACAGUUGCACGCUGUAAACGUAGACUACAGUUCUUACAAUGCACAAAGUGAUUUUCAUUUUCUCAUGGGCUAUGGGUUAUGGGUAGUGUUGCAAACUGGGUAUUACUGGAAACGUUCAAAUUUUACCAGGAAACUACCAGAAUUUUGGUAACUUCAUAAAAAUGUAAUUUAUGACAACACCUCUAGUGGCCCUUUUGGGUACUUCAGAUGAUCACAGGUGUGGCCUUAUCACAUGUAAAAUAUAUUAAAUAAUUAAAUAAGAUCAUAAAAAACAUUUUAAUGACAAAGCUGUAGAACAUUAUCCUAAAUAUAAACCAUCAACUUAGUGAAUACCAUUGGUGUUUAAUAUGAGGGCUUCAGCAUGAAAUACAUUUUAUUUAUUUUACUAUGUCAAUAUGUAUUUGUUGUCAAUGUUUUUUGUGUCAAACUGGUGGCAGUUGUGAAAAAAGUCAAUAGUUGGAAGAGUUGCAGAGUUGAUUGAAAAUAAUGUCAUUGUUGAUUAGAUGCUUUUUUCAUUAAUUUGUUUUUUUCUCUCUUAGACCAUAUGGUUAAUCUACUAGAAACUCAUGGACAAUAUGGAGACAGAUAUAAAAAAUGAAUACUAUAUAUUAAUAUAUAUAGAUUGACAGAUUUUCUAUUCAUAAGCAAAAUCACAGCAUAUUCCUGUAACUAGUAAAUUACCGUUAGCUUUACAACCCUAGUUAUGGGGUUGGAUUUUACAUGGAAAGGUAUUUUUACUAUCAUAAUGCAUUUAGCCCUCCCGUCAGCCCUGACAACGGAAUGCUAUUUCCCCCACUUCAAAUAGCGAUUAGCCUACAGGCGCACACCAACGGAGGGUCCACAAGACCUGACACAGAUCAAUGCAAAACUCUUACCAGAAAACUUUUUUUGAAACAGAAUCAGUUCUAUGAUGGCGAACAUCAGACUUCUCUUUCACUGUUGCUUUUAGCCUAGGCUACUGUUAGCCGAAUACUACCGGAAUAGCACCCUGGAAACGAUGGCGCACUGUCUGCUGUUGUGGCAUUUAGCAUCAUUCUGAUUGGUCAAUAGAGGCUAGCUUUUUUUUUAAUAAAUGUUUUUAAGGAUAUUCGAGAAAAGAAAAAAAAAGAGCAUAUUAUUCGUGUAGUGAAAUAACUUCAAAUGCCCAUCCCUAGUUUGAAGACUUAGCUAUUGCUAAUACCUGUCAAAUAGAUUUAAAUCUGAGAAAAAUAAGGAAAUGAUGGUGUAGUGGUGUAUUUUCAAUGGGGCGUCUGUGUGUACCUCUCUGGUAGUUUGAGGGCGUGGCGGGGGAGGAGUUUCAGGAGCAGGCGUCCCACCUGUGCAGUCAGCAGUCUCAGGCCCUGGAGCUCAUCAAGAACAAACAACGCAAAGACCCCCGCUUCGCACACAUCAUCCAGGUAACACACGCACGCAGUUGCGAUGGCUUUUUCUGCUAAUGGAUUGAUUUGAUUGAUAUAUGGAUUGAUUGAUGUAUUAACAGGAGUGUGAGGCCAGUCCUCACUGUAGGAGGCUGCAGCUGAAGGAUCUGCUGGUGUCUGAGACACAGAGACUUACCAAGUACCCUCUGCUUCUGGACAAAAUCCUCAAACACACAGAAGGUAUGUAGGAUAGGGUUCUACCACACACACACACACACACAGAAGGUAUGUAGGAUAGGGUUCUACCACACACACACACACACACAGAAGGUAUGUAGGAUAGGGUUCUACCACACACACACACACACAGACAGACAGUUCAGCACCAGUACCACUGGAGAAUGUAUAACAUACUAUAGCUAGCGUAUAGCAUUAUGUUACUGUUUGGUGAUUUGGUAAUCUUGUUGUUUUGAUGCAAGGCUUUUAGUAACUGCUCACUCACGUAAUAGCUAACUAGAAGUAGAACAGUAGCUACUAGCUAUUGACUGAAACUUUGGCUAUGGUAGUUUUGCUUAUUUGAUGUCACUUGGAGUAACGUCCUUCUCUUCCCAUAGCUGGUUCCACAGACCUCCCACCUCUCCAACAGGCACAAGCCUGUUGCCGGGGGAUACUGCAGGCCGUCAACGAGGUCGUCAGGGAGACGGAACACCGGCAGCGGCUCAACCAAUACCAGCGCAGGUUGGACCCCACGCCACAGUUGAAGGUACUGCCCAAUUGGAUCUUGUUCUUUUUUCCUUAUCCUACGUUUCCUCUCCAAAUUUUUAUUUUCCAAUAACACAUACCCAAUGAUAAGAAGGUGUACCCAAAUGUGCUUCAGCCCAGCUUAAACAAAAAAGGGAAUCAGGUGUUCGACUGAGGGGCUUGAAAAUCCCCAAAACAUUCCUUACCCCAGGGCAAUUCCAACGGGUGACUACCCAGGAGAAUAAAGAUGAAGGAGCGCGCUGUUUAUUUGCGUAAUUAAUCCUGGGUUAAGGAAUGUUUUUUUGGACAUACCCAAUGAUAUUGUUAUGAUGAUGCUGAUGUCUACCAUUUUGUCUUCUGUCUCUCCUCUCAGAGUCUGGACCUGACCAGUAAGAGAAUGAUCCAUGAGGGUCCUCUCACCUGGAAAGUCAGUAAAGACAAAACCUUAGGUAAGAAAGGCCCACCACACCCCACUGAUGAGUCAAACCCCAUAUAGUCUCUGGUCAAACCCCCUUGUCAAUGUAAUCAACACACUUUUUUAAAAAUCGAUACUCUCUUAAUACGCCCCACUGCUCUCUUUAGGUUGCAAACCUUGCAACCAUUUUCCACCAGGUUUUUCUUAGCAUUGUUCUGUAAGGUUCUAACCAUGUGGUUCUGUUUCUCCCUGCCGCUCCCAGAGAUCCAGGCGCUGCUGUUGUCAGACCUUCUGGUGUUGCUCCAGAGAGGUCCAGACGACCGGCUGCUGCUGCGCUGCCCGUCCCGCUGGCUGGGGGGAGGAGGAGGGGGUAGUGGGGACACCAAGGCCUCCUUCAGCCCUGUGGUCCAGCUAGAUUCACUGCUGGUGCGCUCUGUGGCCACAGGUAAGAGGUCAGGGGUUAUGAGGUCACAGUGUGGAGUAGUCAGUGGUUAAGUUUAGAUGUAGCCACCAGUUUGUGCUGUUAAUGGUGUAACAACACUGUAAUAGCGGAACUUACAAUCUCAAUACUUUGCUUAAUGUUGAAAUAAUGACCAUUACAUAGUAUUCAUGGUUCAGUGAUGCAUCUUCGAUAAUGCAGAUACCAAAAAUCUGUGAUUGCUUUUUGAAUGAUUGACAGCUGUCACUCAUCAUGUGCGAUUCCAUCCUCAGACAACAAGGCCCUGUACGUCAUCAGCACAACAGAGCAACAGAUCUACGAGCUGGUAGCAGGGACGUCCUCAGAGAAAAACAUGUAAGCACAUCUAGACCAGCUACAGCUAUACUAGCACUAUAGUCCACCAGUUUACAGAUAAUAUACAUGAUAGAGUUAUCAUCAUUAGCAUUUUGAAAUGGAAAAGCAUUGGUUGUUAAGUCUUAUUUAUUUUCACAGCUGGAAAGACCAACUUGAAAAGACCAUCUCAUUGGCUGCUGGCUCCUCACCUUUGACCAAUAACAGAUCCACACCUAUUUCGUGAGUAUCCCUAAGCUGACCUGUUUCUAUCAAUUACCAUUGAAAAGACAUGAAGACUGAAGAUGGCAUUAUGGACUAUUCACUAUGGUAGUCCUAAACAAAACGACAGACUAAAUUCCAUCUCUCGCUCUCUUUCUCUCAGCUCCCCGAGUCUUGGUAACGCUUCCCCUGUCUCAACUGGCAGCCAUGUCUACCAAUCAGGUAAGACAUAUUGUGUCAGACAGGGAACAUACGUUUUGGAGUGGAUCAUAUUUAGAGUACAGAUAAAUAUUUCUAUACACAAUAUUGAUUAUGUUUAAUCUCCCUAGACGACUCGAUGACGGAGCAGGUGGUUUCAAUGGAGACAAACUCUCCUAAUGAUGAGGACAAUGAGCUCACGCCCACCACACCAACGGCCCAAUCAGGGGCUUUCCUCCACAGUGAGGGGCGGGACUACGUCAAGAGACGAAUUGGAGUGGCUGAGGCAGCUCUUGAAGACAGUGAGACUGAAAGAGACAGACCACUUUACUUAAACAUAUACUUUUGCGUCACUAGAAUAUGUUUGGUUGAUAAUCAACUGUCAAUGUAUUAUUAAAUUCCUCUUUCUGUCCUCUCAGUGGAGAUGCUAAGGCAGCUGAUUUUCCACAACAUGGAGGAAGAUGGGUGGAGUCACGACUCCGAUGGAACGCCCACAAACGAGACAGCCAAUCAGAGGAGCUCGCUCAAUGACAGACAGAGACCGGCGUCCUCUGAGACUCUCCUCAGCGCCAGUCCCAGCCAAUUGGAGGCUGAGCAUUCAGAAGUCCCGCCCUCGGAGGUGGGGUCCCCCAGUGUACAUGUUGUGCGGAAAGGUAAUGGGGACAGAAGGUUUAGACAACAACCUAAUAACGUUUUAGUUAAAUUACUGCUUGUUUCUUGGUGUCUACUGUGGUCAAAAAUCAAGUCUGACUCCACUAGGGCUGUCCCCCCCCAAAAAAAAAUCUUGGUCAAACUAGAGUUGUCUGUUUUUCCGACCAAUCGGUUGGUUGAAAUGUUAAAACGUAUUUUUCCAUCUUUGUAGACACAAUAAAACAUAAUGAAAUCAACUAAACUCAGCCAAAGACCCUGUCUUUCAAAGAUAAUUCGUAAAAAUCCAAAUAACUUCACAGAUCGUCAUUGUAAAGGGUUUAAUCACUGUUUCCCAUGCUUGUUCCAUGAACCAUAAACAAUUAAUGAACAUGCACCUGUGGAACGGUCGUUAAGACACUAACAGCUUACAGACGGUAGGCAAUUAAGGUCACAGUUCUGAAAACUUAGGACACUAAAGAGGCCUUUCUACUGACUCUGAAAAACACCAAAAGAAAGAUGCCCAUGGUCCCUGCUUAUCUGUGUGAACGUGCCUUAGGCAUGCUGCAAGGAGGCAUGAGGACUGCAGAUGUGCCAGGGCAAUAAAUUGCAAUGUCCGUACUGUGAGACGCCUAAGACAGCCCUACAGGGAGACAGGACGGACAGCUGAUCGUCCUCGCAGUGGCAGACCACGUGUAACAACACCUGCACAGGAUCCGUACAUCCGAACAUCAUACCUACGGGACAGGUACAGGAUGGCAACAACAACUGCCCGAGUUACACCAGGAACGCACAAUCCCUCCAUCAGUGCUCAGACUGUCCGCAAUAGGCUGAAAGAGGCUGGACUGAGGGCUUGUAGGCCUGUUGUAAGGCAGGUCCUCACCAGACAUCACCGGCAACAAUGUCGCCUAUGGGCACAAACCCACCGUCGCUGGACCAGACAGGACUGGCAAAAAGUGCUCUUCACUGACGAGUCACGGUUUUGUCUCACCAGGGGUGAUGGUUGGAUUCGCGUUUAUCGUCAAAGGUAUGAGCGUUACACCGAGGCCUGUACUCUGGAGCGGGAUCGAUUUGGAGGUGGAGGGUCCGUUAUGGUCUGGGGUGGUGUGUCACAGCAUCAUCGGACUGAGCUUGUUGUCGUUACAGGGAAUCUCAACGCUGUGCGUUACAGGGAAGACAUCCUCCUCUCUCAUGUGGUACCCUUCCUGCAGGCUCAUCCUGACAUGACCCUCCAGCAUGACAAUGCCACCAGCCAUACUGCUCGUUCUGUGCGUGAUUUCCUGCAAGACAGGAAUGUCAGUGUUCUGCCAUGGCCAGCGAAGAACCUGGAUCUCAAUCGCAUUGAGCACGUCUGGGACCUGUUGGAUCGGAGGGUGAGGGCUAGGGCCAUUCUCCCCAGAAAUGUCUGGGAACUUGCAGGUGCCUUGGUGGAAGAGUGGGGUAGCAUCUCAUAGCAAGAACUGGCAAAUCUGGUGCAGUCCAUGAGGAGAUGCACUGCAGUACUUAAUGCAGCUGGAGGCCACACCAGAUACUGACUGUUACUUUUGAUUUUGACCCCCCCUUUGUUCAGGGACACAUUAUUCGAUUUAUGUUAGUCACAUGUCUGUGGAACUUGUUCAGUUUAUGUCUCAGUUGUUGAAACUUAUGUUCAUACAAAUAUUUACACAUGUUUGCUGAAAAUAAAUGCAGUUGACAUGUAGGCUACUGAGCUUGUCAGAUGCUUUAAGCACACUGUGAUUAAAUCAUUAAGACACACAAAUGACUGGAGGGAGCCAGAGAUCAAUUUAGCCUAAGCAGAAGAGAAAAAAAACUGUUCUUCUCUUCCUCCUGUUGCUGCUGGCCUUCGCAGAUUCUGCUGUUACGCUCCUAAUAGGCUACACCAGGGGUCGGCAACCUUUUCCAUUUGGAGUGCUAAUUUAUCUUACCAUUUCUACCGAUCUGUGUUCCAGUUAUGAUUUUUAUAUGCACAUUUUCGUGGAACAGUUUCAUUUCAUUUAUAAUAAGUCUUCGUAUCUCAAAAUCAUCAUGUGGUUAAUCAAAAAUCUAAAAGUAACUUAUAUUGCCAACCAUGUAAAAAUAUCCUACAUAAAGCCAACAAAUAAAAACAUUGCAGCCUGCAGGUAGAAAAUAUCCUGAUAAAAAUACAUAUCUUAAAAAUCACAUUGGCUACGCAUGGCCUUUCUGCAAGGAACUUGAAACAUUGUAUCAACUAUUAACUUGGGUCCUGCUUGUGCUAGCAAACUUGCAACAUUGUAUUAAAUAUUCUGGGCACUCAGAGUUUCCCGUUCCAGUGAACUCCGGACAGACAUAGCUGUAGGCUAUUUGCGCAAGGGAUAAAAAGUAAUCAGGUAGGCCUAUUUCAUGACGUUUCCACCAAAUCAGAGCAUGACAUUUUUUCCCCCCUUUUCAUGUUGAGUGGUUAUCGAAAGGGAGAGAGAGCUGGAAAGAUUUUUCAUAUAGGCUACGUUGAGGAACUAUUGUCAUUCUCAAUGGAUGUAAAAACAGACUUUGUUUACUUGCGUGCUAGCCUAGGCCUACUUCUAUGUAUAAUCAGUUGCGCGUCCUUACUCAACAUUGACUGGAGCGCUACAAACAAACGACAAUGAAUAAAUUGACAACUCCUAAAUGGAAUGAAAUAAACCUAAACGUAUUCCUCAUAAGUGUAGCCUAGGUUGAAUGUAUUAACCGAAAUGACUGUAACCAAACAAACGUUGUAGAUCAGAAGUUAUGAGAAUUAAUGGUAAAUCUACUACUGGUGAUGCAGGUGUGCCAUCCACGCGGCCUCCACAAUGGAUUAGUCCACUCAGACAGGUGUUUCAUCUGCCACAAAAACAAAUAUUUUAGACUGCUCGACUAAAAUAAUCUCUGUCGACCAACAGCCUAUCGACCAAACAGUCGACCAAAUGGGGUCAGCCCUAGACACCACUGAAUGACCACUGAAUGCCUCUAAUUGUUUGAUAAUACACAUUCCUUUCUCUUUGCAUGUUAACGAAGCUCUGUGUGAUUCAACUGGUCUUCUUCUCUUCUUUCCUUCUGCCUCUUUCCACAACUCUGUUGACUUUCACCUCCCUUUUCUUCUCGUACAAUAUCACAUUUCCCUCACUUGCACUCAAACUCUCACCCCCGUGACACUACCAUGCUCCCCUACACAUAAAUAUAUACUGUCUGACACACACUUACUCUUUCACGCCAUCUGUCCUCUUAUGCACAGCUGUGGUGGCGGGCUCUCCUUCUAUCCCUGAUGACAUCACUGAUGAUGUCAAUCUCCACUCUGACCAAUCACCUGAGCCGAGAGGCGGGGCCAGUGUACGGGGUAAUGCUUCAGUAGACAGUCCAGUUGCCCUCUUCAAACCUGUGUUGAAUAUCUUCUAUUAAGUCCCGGGCUCUCUGUUUUGAGAAUGUUUGUGACUACUACACCAGGGUCGUGUCCAGAGAACAUUCUAGAAACGCAGACAGUUUGGUUCUACCUACUUUCCAAUUCAUACCUACUGAACGCAAUCCUCUGAGCACACUAGCCUCAUACUAUAAGAUUUCACAACUGUACUGUCAAUUCACCAUGAAGAUUGACUGUUGCCUUUGUAGCCUGUUGAUAGUCUCUUUAAUUCCACUCUGCUGUAGGAAACGUGUUCUACCUGGUGAUGCCUACAGAGAAGGGAGAGGGACUGCUGGAUGAGAGUCCCACAGAUGAGGUCAUUGAUCCCCCCACCCCGACCUCCACUGAACUUCCUGAUCUGGACCAGGAAGUGAUGUCAUCAAACAUACAGCAUCAUGAGGAAGAAGGGCAGGUCUCUUCCACCCUGUCUGCGGGCGACCAAUCGGAGCUGGGGAAUCUGAGCCGGGAGGGAGGGCUUGGCCAAUCACAAAAGGUCCUCCAGAGCCAUGUGAUCAAACACGUGGAUGAGAUAUUCCACACAAUCGAGGAAUUGAUGAACAAGCUGCACCAGCUGAGGGUAAGGCGUUUAAACACACACACACGUGACAUGCUAUUACAUGCUAUUACAAACAGGAGAAUCCACUCACCCACUCACAAUUAGAACCCAGAGUUGAAAACACAUUUGGACAUUAUUUCCAUGCUAACUUUUACUUGUCAUUUUCUCCCCCAUAACCCCGACAGGACAUAGAGACAGCUCAUCACAAGCUCCUGAGAACACUGAGAGAGCCGCCUGUCAAUCAGGAGUCAGGUGACCUCCCUCGUAACCAGGAAACCGUCAUCAGGACGCCGUCUCUGGACCGGGACCCAGGGGAUGGUGAGUUCAGCGGUCAAGGGUCCACUAUGUGUUGAAAGAUAUGGUCUGGAUACAACCUUUUCACAAAGGUAUUUCUCAAACCUUGAAAUUCAAAAGGGGCAGUUCUUGUUGUUUUUGUUUGGGUUUAAAUCAAUUCUGUAUCUAUGAGUUCUGUUAUUGAUAAGCCUCUCACUCUCUCUGUUUCUAUUCGUCCACCCAACAGAGCCAGCUAAGCCUGAGAUUCUCUCCACUGGAUUCUAA